CCGCAAGGCGUACGCUCGCUAGGUGAUGACAGUAAAUAAGAACCGGCCUCUUAAGCGUCCAUUUGAGGAGGCAGAGUGGGAGAAUACGGCCAUAACGUUCAGCCCGUCAGAUUACCAGCGAGCAGGAGAGCCUGACGUCGUGAUGCCUCAUGCGGAUCCUUUUGUAGCAACAGUCCAUAUAGGCAACCAUAACGUCAACAAGGUUUUCAUUGACACUGGGAGCUCGCCUGAUAUCAUGUAUUGGAGCUGCUUUCAAAAAAUGCAGCUGAACCCCAGCUCGUUACAAAAAUAUGAAGGGCCUAUCUAUGGGUUCGACAAUCAACCUGUUCCGGUGGAGGGAGUAAUUACACUUCCCAUUUACGUGGGCUCAGAACCACGCUUCAGGAUGGCUUCAGUCAGCUUCCUGGGGGUAGGAGUGCUGAAGGGGAAUCAGAGGAUGGCCAGGACAUGUUAUCAGGAUACGUUCAAGAAGGUUGAGCUCACUGUAGCCCCUGGAGGAUCUGAAAGUAGUAGGCCGACUCGGCCCGGCCAGCAGACAAUGAGCAUAUCAGACAUUGAGCAUAGACCCGAGGGAGUCGAGCAGAAAGCAGAGCCGGUAGAGCCAAUAGAAACCGUUCCUUUAAACCUUGAUGUGCCGGAAAGAACAGUCAAGAUCGGCACCAAGCUCACAGAAGAAGAGCGAGCAGAGCUUCUGGAGUUUUUGAGGGUCAAUCAAGAUGUGUUCGCGUGGACUACUGACGAAAUGCCUGGCAUCCCAGCGGAGCUGACAGUCCACAAACUCAGUACGGACCCCACCAGAAGACCGGUGUCGAAUGGCAGGUGGAGGAUGUGUAUUGACUUCACCAACCUCAAUGACGCAUGUCCAAAAGACCCUCACCCCUUGCCAAAUGUGGAGAAAUUAGUGGAGCGAGCAGCUGGGCAUGAACGGAUGAGUUUUCUUGACGCCAGCUCGGGCUAUCACCAGGUUCAGUUGCUAUUGGACGAUCAGGAGAAAACAGCUUUCUACGCUGGUGACGCUAUCUAUUGCUAUAUCGGCAGAAACAUAGAAGUGUAUGUGGAUGACAUGAUAGUCACCAGCGUGCGAGCUGAAGACCAUAUAGACGACCUGAGUGAGACCUUUCAAAAUUUGCGCCGAGCCCAAAUGAAGCUGAACCCUCUGAAGUGCACAUUCGUUGUAGAAUCAGGAAAAUUCCUAGGAUACGUGGUAUCCAAGAAAGGAAUUGAAGUGAACCCAGAGAAGGUUUUGGUUGUUCAGCAGAUGGAGCCACCCAAGACUGUAAAGGACGUACAACGCUUGACAGGUCGUAUAGCCGCUUUGCACAGAUUCAUAGCCAGGUCGGCGGAAAGGUGCCUACCGUUUUUCAAAGCCUUGCGAGACCCCAAACACUUUCAAUGGACCGACGAGUGCCAACAGGCGUUUGACGAGCUCAAACGGUAUCUGGCAUCUGCACCCUUGCUGUCUAAACCUGUGGAAGGGGAAAGUUUAUACCUAUACAUAGGGGUUACAGGAGAAGCAGUGAGCUCGGUUUUGCUCAGGGAAGAGAAUAUGAAUCAGAAGCCUAUUUGUUACGUGAGCAAGGUUUUACAAGGUGCAGAGCAGAAUUACCCAUUAGCAGAAAAGGCUGCAUUUGCCUUGGUUUACACAGCUCGUAACGUCGAGUUGAGUGAAUACGACCUCAAAUUUCAGCCACGUACAACCAUAAAGGGCCAGGCCAUCGCGGACUUUCUGGUAGAAUGCAUUUCAGCAACUAAAGAAGAAAAAGCACCUGAGCACCCAGUCUGGGUUUUGUAUAUGGAUGGAGCUGCUAGCAUUGAAGGAUCGGGUGCUGGGGCUGUGUUAGUGGGCCCAGAUGGCUUUAAGUCUGAGCACGCACUGAGGUUUAAAUUUCAAACGACUAAUAACGCUGCAGAAUAUGAAGCCCUCGUUUACGGACUAAAGCUGGCGUCCGAGUUGAGGGUACAAAGCAUUCAAGUGUUCAGCGACUCUCAGCUCGUCGUGGGCCAGGUAAAUGGCAGUUGUGACAUCAGGGAUCCCCAGCUCGGUCGUUAUGCCUCUGUGGUCAACAGACUGAAAUCAGCAUUUGUUCAUUUCCAAAUUGAUAAAAUACCGAGAACGGAUAACCACCGAGCUGACGAGUUGUCAAAGCUGGCCUCUUCGCAAGACCUUAACCCUCAGAGAUCGACAAUUGUCGAGAUACUCGACACGCCGAGCUACACUGAUUCCGGAGUCGAAUGUCAGUUGCUGAGCACAGAUCCCUCCGCACCGAGCUGGACCACCCCGCUGAUAAAAUAUCUGCAAAGUGGUGAGCUGCCUGAAGACCAGUCCGUUGCAAAAUUGGUUAAACGCAGGGCGGCACAUUUCACUUUGUUAGAUAACCAGCUCUACAAGCGAGCAGCCUCAAUGCCCCUAUUACGCUGCCUUACUCCUUAUGAAGCCGAGUACACUGUGAGGGAAGUUCACGAAGGAGUAUGUGGCACACAUAUAGGCGGUAGGACUUUAGCUCGGAAACUCCUGAGGCAUGGGUAUUACUGGCCAACCAUGGUUGAGGACGCGCAGAGCUAUGUCAAAAAGUGCCCGACCUGCCAGUUCAACGCUGAUGAUAUUCACAUGCCAGGGGAAAUGCUUUCGUCUCUCUCGUCUCCCUGGCCUUUUGCUCAAUGGGGUGUCGACCUGCUCGGCCCUUUCAUCAAAGGCAAAGGAGGCUGCACAUUCCUGGUCGUUGCAGUGGAUUACUUCACUAAGUGGAUAGAAGCUAAACCAUUAUCCACAACAACAGAAAGGAAAAUAGAAGAAUUCGUGUUCAAUUCAGUAUUGUGCAACUCGGCCACGGGCGAAACCCCAUUCAGCCUUGCUUAUGGAACUGAAGCCGUCAUCCCGGUGGAAAUCGGAUUGCCCUCUAAUAGAGCAGGUCGGCACGAUGAUGGUGACAACGAGCGACUAUUGAGAGAGAACUUGGACCUUGUGGAAGAGGUCAGGGAGAUGUCUCGAAUGCGAAAUAUGGCGCAUCAGAGUCGUGUGGCAAAAUUUUAUAAUAAAAGGGUUCGAGCUCGCCAGUUUCAGGUCGGCGAUCUAGUCCUACGCAAAGCAGGGCUAACAAACGCUCACUCGCGCAUGGGCAAGCUCGCCCUUAAUUGGGAAGGUCCUUAUAUAGUUAUUUCAGUUAAACGACCUGGGUGUUACCAAUUAGCAGAUGAACAAGGUCGUCCAUUACCAUUCAUUUGGAACAUACAUAACCUUAGAAAGUUUUAUAGUUAACAUAGUGUUCAGGUGGUUAUGGAUCGUUUGUAGAUGAUGAUUUACGGAAAAUUCAAUACAGAAAUUUCCAAAGGAAAGUUUUGAAUUUGCAUUUGAUCAAUAAAUCCAUACACUGAGU